CUCCCCUCCCCAAGGUACCUCGCAUCCCACCCCGCACAGCCAUCCGUUCACAGACUCACCACAGCCACACCGCAACUUCAUCUUCAUCAACGAGAAGCAGCAGCGCCCGGCGAAGAGACGAGACAAGGAGUGUUGCCAUGGCCGCGGUGGAGAGCAAGAGCCGGAGGUUCGCGCUGGCGUGCGGCGUCCUCAGCCAGUACGUCAAGGCGGAGCAGAAGAUGUCCUCCGCCGUCGCCGUCGCCCCGCGCGCGCCCCCGGCCACCACGCUCAGCCUCAUGCCCGGCGCCGACGUCGACCAAGCCGCCGCGGCCGCUGAUGAGGCGGGGCCUGCCACGGCCACGCCCCUGACCAUCUUCUACGGCGGCAGGGUGGUCGUCUUCGAGGACUUCCCCGCGGACAAGGCGGCCGAGGUCAUGCGCAUGGCCGCCACCGCCGGCGUCGAGCGCGCGGCCGUCACCCCGGCCCCGGCCCAAGCGGCGCUCGCGGACCUGCCCAUCAUGCGCAAGGCGUCGCUGCAGAGGUUCUUCGAGAAGCGCAAGGACCGCCUCGGCGCGCGCGCGCCCUACGCCCGGCCCGCCGCGCCGGCGGCCAACAAGGAGUCGGAGGACAAGUCGGCGUCGGCGUCGGCGUCGUCCUCCUCGUGGCUCGGGCUGGCCAGCACCGAUGGCGCCUUCGCCCUGUGAUCCGGACGGACGGACGGGGCAAGACGGCUUGCGCGCCUCAAGAGAUCGUUUGUAGAGCACUUUAAAAUGUAUUCUUUGGAUAAAAAUUCGAAUAGGGAAAGAAAGAAACAAGAUUGAGUUCA